AUGGUUAUUCAACAGAUAUUAUUUUUCUUUUUCGUCACUUGUAUUCAAUCAUCAUCAAUUAUUAAUAUUGUCUUUACUGUAAAAAAUCUCGGGGAAAAUGAACGUUUACAAUCAAAUUUUUUUACAUUGAUAUCUUCAUUAUUUCAAUAUACAUCUAUAGAGAAUCUUCAGUUACAUGUGAUUGGCGACUCCGAUAGUCAGCAGUUCGUCGAUCGAACUCUUCAAGAUCUUCAUUAUACUAAUGAAAUAAAUAAACUUCAUAUCGAUGAUUUAACAGUUGAAUAUGAAAAAUUAAUUUCACCAUUGAUUAAACAUUUUUCAUCUGGCCAUACCUAUUAUAAAGAUCCAUUAUUUUUUCUUUCGCCAUUUCUACAUCGAAUUUUACCGGAAAAUAUUUCCCACGUGAUUAUGCUUGAUAUCGACCUUCGAUUUGACCAUGACGUAAAACAGUUAUAUGAAUUAUUCAAUCAAUUUAAUCAAAGUCAUAUAUUAGGAAUCGCUCGUGAAAAUCAACCUGUUUAUCGACAUCUACUUUGGUCAUAUCGUCGAGAGCAUCUCGACACGAACAUUGGCGAUCCUCCACCAAAUGGUAUUACAGGUUUUAAUAGUGGUGUUCUAUUAUUGAAUUUAAAUCGAAUUCGCCAAUCAACUUUAUUCAAUAGCUAUUUAGAAAAUCCUUCCUUGAUUGAGCAACUGAUUCAUAAAUAUCAUUUCGAUCAUCCACAUUUAGGUGAUCAAGAUUUUUAUACAUUAUUAAGUUUUGAACACAAUGAAUUAUUUUUUAUUUUGCCAUGUUAUUGGAAUCGACAAUUGUGCACAUGGUGGAAAGGAAAAGGUUAUGAUGAUGUUUGGGAGAAUUAUUUUAAUUGUAAUAAUGAACAAAAUAUAUAUUUAUACCAUGGAAAUUGUAAUACUCCAAUACCAAAAAGAACACUUGAUGAAAAACUUGAACUAUGA